AAUUACAUGUAGCGUAAAUCGACAGCGGAACGGUCAAACUUUCAAUCGCUACCCCGCCGUCGGGUACCUUAAUUGUAGUAUCGAUUAGAAGUUAGGUAUGUACUUCCGGCCUGUUAGGUAUAUGGUACUUAGGUUUAGGUACUGCAAGGAAAGGAAGCUACAGGCUGCUGCAAGCUUCUAAGUCGUUAUCCAUCAGUCGAUUUUAUUGCGAACGUCAAAAAUUUAUUAUCGGCGACCUAUGAUAAAUGUGACGGCUUGAAGAAUAUACGCCAUUCCACCUCGACAAACACCAUAAGAUUGCCUAACGAAGUUAAUCCCGAUUAAAUACGCCUGUACAAAUACGCACACAAAAUUAUGGCUAUAGACUACAGCCCGCGCAGCGUCGCCGACGCUACGCGAUUUACGUCUAAUACCCCCCAUGCGAAUGCGAAAGCCGCAUCCCGCUCUCCUCCGUCGUCAAGCAGCUCUUCUCCCUCCACUACCUCAUCACAGCCAACCCAGAGAAGUAUGCCGCCGCCCGGCAUGCCCAGGCCUUCGGCGCCGGAGACCAUGGAAGAGCGCGUACGUCGGUUGCGGGCCGCACAUCUCGCGGCGAGGAAGCAUGAGACGUCGCGGUUUGACCGUGUUGUCGACGUAUCCAGGAGGUACUUUGAUGCCGCUCACAAGUUUACUGUUUUGGGUUUGAUCGGAUUUAGCGGCCUUGCACUCUUUGUCACAGUCUUCGCAACAGCCGAUAUGAUGGUAUACAACCGCAAGCGCCGCAACGAGUUUUUCGCUCUCCAGAAGCAACUUAAAACUGACAGCCUAGAAGCUGCACGUCUAGCGUACAUGACGGGCACAGCAUCCGAGGAACAAGUUAGGCUUGUAGAUGAAGCUGAGGAAAAAGCUAGACAGUCAGGCAUAAGCCUACCGCCCUUACUAUCAUCACCCAAGCCAAUUGCUUCGGAAGCGGGCGCAAUUGAGAGCACGGAGAGAAGCGCCUGGCCGGGAGAGUCUAUGACCGAGAGUAGUAUGUCUGCUGCGAACGAGGUGGAGCAACCCAAGAAGAAGGGCAUCACUUCGUGGUUAUUCGGCGGGCUAAAGAAUGAAGAGGCUAGCGAGGAGCCCUUACAAUUUGACAAAGAAGCCGCGGCUGCGUCGGGUCUGCCUUCGCGGUCGAGUAUCGCAAAUGCGGUUGACGAGUCGCAACAGGCGUUAAAGGACAAGGCGAAGGCAGCAUUCGAUCAGGAGCGGGAGAAUCAAAGGAAUGGGGGACCUCUAGACCAGAUCGGUUCGAGCGGGAAGUCGACUAGUAAUGCAACCAAGAAGAGCGGGUGGUGGUAGUGAGGUUGACAGAAACUAUUACCAUGAUCUUCAACAAUGUAGGAUCGGCGAAGUUAAGAGGACGGUGGCAAUUGCCAUAUAAGCCAACCGGCUGCAAUACUCCGCUGUAUAUAGGCUACCAACGACGUUUAUAUCGAAUAUGGCAUGAGUUUGGUAUACUUGUUGAUGAGAAGAAUAUCGGUGUAUCAUUACCGUAUGAAAAGAACAGAGCAUUAGACUGGGCGUACUGGACGAUAAAUGAGUAUUCUACUGUAUAAUUCCUAGUUCAUUAGUUCACCUCCCAAUCCAGCAUGCAUGUACUUAGCUUAGGUACCUAGGUAUGAUUUCCCCGAAUCUGAAGUUUUUGG